UUUAAUUACUAUAUUAUUUUUUUCCAGUACAGAGCGAUCGAUACGAGCCCUCUCAGCAAUUAUGUGAUGCAUCCACUUUGGAACGCGACUGUCAAGGUUAUACCUAGAUGGUUAGCACCAAACCUGCUCACGUUCCUCGGUUUCGUCUGCGUAGUGGUUGUCGCUCUGUUGACCUCGUGGUAUGACUACCAUUGGGUAGCAGCUGGAGGUCCAGGACAACAGGACUAUGAUAUCCCUAAUUACAUGUACACGAUCAGUGCUGUGUUAAUAUUCCUAGCUUACAACUUAGAUGGCAUAGACGGUAAGCAAGCGCGUCGGAUCGGCGUGUCCGGUCCACUAGGGGAGAUGUUCGACCACGGUCUAGACUCUUAUAUAGUCUUUUUCAUCCCGUUUUGUUUGUUCUCCGUGUUCGGUAGAGAUGAAUUCUCUAUACCUUUGUUUAGGUAUGUAAUCCUGGUACUUAUUUUUAACAUAAAAUGA